UUGCAGACGGGAGCCACUAGCCGUGGGGGGGCUGCCAGCCGUGGGGGUGCUCACCAUGGGGCGGGGAGCCGAGGGCCCCCCCCAGAACCAGGGGGUCCCUGCGCUCGCUCAGCUGUCAUCUCCCAGCGGAGCGGCCGCGUGAGCCCCUUGUUCCCAGCCUUUUGUCUCCUCUCCCACACCGAGGAGCUGCUGUAGGAAGUCUCUGGCCAUCGUGCGGAGAUGCUCAGAAGGGAUUAUUUGUCCCGUUUAUCUCCCCGGGUGGAUUUGUGAACCUCUUCUGUGCAUGCCAAUAUGCGUAAACCCUCUUGUUCACUUGAGGGAGAUGAUCUUUAUUAAUUAUUAACUGAAUCGGCACUGGAGGCUGCUCCAGGUGACAAACCCCCUGCUCACCCCCUUGGCCCCCGACAAGGGAUUUUUCUGGGGUCCCACAGGAGCUGGAGGAGUGGGUUCCAGCAGGCUUCGGGGAGCCUGACCCUGCAGCAGGAAAACCCAGUGAAAAGUGGCACUGGGUUUGCAGUGGCUCCAGGAUUUGGGUUUCCAGGGCAGGGUUUGCACUGGAUCUGGGGGGGUCACAGCUGCAGUGGCCGUGUGGGGUCAUCAGGGAUGGAGGCAGCAGCAGGUCAGCAGUGCUUGGCUCGGGGCAUCGCAUUCAGGGCUGCAAAACAGAGCGAAAAGUGCCCUGUUGUGUCGGACACCAUCCCACAGGAGCAUCGCCUAGAGAAGACGCCAUUGGCGGCAAGCCCCUGGCCUCGUGCACGCCACCAGCCGGGCCAUGAAGACAGAGAAGGACGAGGCUCUGCCCCCCUUCUCUCUGGGGGGUAAAUAUGCUGGAGAAGGGGCAGGCUGCAGCGAAGCGGCUCUGCCUGGCGGCCCCAUGCCGGCAGUGGGGAGUGGAGGAGCCCCCGCGCAGGACCUGCGGCUGCUGAAGCGCAGGCCGGCCUCAGGGAAGCACUACACCUGCUCCAGCUACGGCUGCAAACUGGCCUUCCCCAGCAUGCAGGAGCUGAUGGACCACCUGAAGGUCCACUACAGACCCACGCAAUCCCUUGAGGGCAAAACCUUCCAGUGCCCCACGCUGGGCUGCAUGGAGACCUUCCCCAGCAUGCAGGACCUCAUGGCCCACAUGAAGGUGCACUACAAGCCAAACCGCUACUUCAAGUGUGAGAACUGCCUGCUGCGCUUCCGCACUCACCGCUCCCUCUUCAAGCACCUCCACGUCUGCUCUGACCGCGCUGGCAGCCCCGCACCACCCCAAAAAGCCGAGAAGCCUGUCCUGCCUGCUACCUCUGCCCUGGAGAAGGAGCCCCCGGCCAAGGCAGCCGAGGGGCUGCCCAAGCUCCCGAGCAUUAUCCGGCACACAGAGAAAGAAGCCAUCCUCCCCGGCGCGGACACUGCCCCGGCGGCGCCUGCCACGCUGCCUGCCAGCCUGCCCGAGCUGCCCAGCUCGCUGGAGGCGAUGCCGCUCGUCUCGCCGGCCCCCCACCCCUUCCCGCUGCUGGAGCCCAACCUUUUCGGGCCAUCAUCCUUGACUCGGUUCUCGGGGCCGCCCCCCUCCUCGGUGCCGUUCCUGUCCUACGUGCACCCGUCGCCCUACGGUUUACCUCCGCCCCCGGCGCAGCCCCGCUUGCGGCCCUUCGUGCCCAGCCACGGCUCCCCUGUCUCCAACGCCGUCUGGAAGAAAAGCCAAGGUGUGAGUGUCAGCCCACUCCUCCCAUGCUUUGGCUCAGGAGUGACCGCAGGGCACGCCUCCAACAGCCGCAUCGUGUGGGAGCACACGCGGGGCCGCUACACCUGCAUGCAGUGCCCCUACUCCACCGCCUCGCGGGAGGAGAUGACGCUGCACAUCGAGGACCACCGCAAGAACCUGCAGCCACCCGGGCGCCUGGACGCGGAUGUGGAUUUCGGAGUGGGCCUCGCCUCCUUCCACUCGAAGCUGACGCCGGAGAUGGAGAACUCCCUGUACUCGCAGCUCUGAGGGGCCUGGCCCCCAUUGGGGAGCCCCCACACCCUGGCUGGGCAAAGCGCACCGCAGACCCCAUGCCACUGCACUGGGACAGGGACACUGGAAGCAUCGCCCCAGCGUGGGGUGGCAGAGGGGGGACAACCUUUGUUUUCUUGACUUUCUACUCCCCUCUCCCUUUUAUUUUUGGAAACGCUAAGCCCCUGGACCCUGCGUGUCCCUCCCUCUCCUAAAGGUUUUUCAUUGCCCCAGCAGCUCAGGGGGAGCCUGGUGGAUGCUCUAGAGGUGGUGGACUUAUCUGAAACGAGGCCUGGAAGUUAAUAAAUGGGAAGUGUACAGGA